UUCUACGUGGUUCACUAUACAGGGUCACUGAAGGAUGGAAGAAAGUUUGAUUUUUCUCAGGACCAAGCUCAGCCAUUUAAAGUUAAAAUUGGUGAAAAACAGGUCAUCAAGGGCUGGGAAGAAGGAUUAGUUCAGGUGAGUGUUGGACAGACAGCAAAACUAACCUGCACCUCUGACUAUGCUUAUGGAGCUGCUGGCCACCCUGGCAUCAUUCCACCUAAUGCUACUUGGAUUUUUAAUGUAGAGCUCUUAUGUCUUGAGUGA